AUGUCUGAACGCAAAGUCUAUGCCCAUUACAUGGUUGGUAUCACCAGCGGCCAAACCAGCGACCAAUGGACCAACGACAUCAACGACGCCAAGAGUGUCGGCAUCGAUGGAUUUGCUCUGAACAUCGGCCCUUCUGACUCCUACACCUUGGAGCAGAUGCGCCUGGCCUUCGCCGCGGCUGAGAGCGUCGGCGGAUUCACACUCUUCCCGUCCUUCGAUAUGGCCGUCGGCGAAUGGGGUGUGCAGACUGUCAUCGACAUCAUCAACGAGUUCAAGUCCUCCUCUGCCCAUGCCACCAGGAAUGGCUCUCCCCUCAUCAGCACCUUCGAGGGCCCUGGCUGGUCCGGCAACUGGGCCACAGUAAGAUCAGGGACGGGCGGCAUCUACCUUGUUCCCGACUGGAGCAGCCUGGGUCCCGAUGGCGUUGCUGGCAAGCUCGACCAGAUCGACGGACACUUCUCCUGGAAUGCCUGGCCCGGUCCCGGAUCAAAGAACCUGACCUCUGUCGAAGACGAGCGCUACAUCGAGAUCCUUGGCGACAAGUCCUACAUGAUGGGAAUCAGCCCUUGGUUCUACACCAACCUCCCCCAGUACAGCAAGAACUGGUUCUCCACCGGCGACUCCCUCUGGUACGACCGCUGGCAGCAGGCCAUCGACCUCCUCCCCGACAUGAUCGAGAUCAUCACCUGGAACGACUUCGGCGAGUCCAGCUACAUCAGCGACAUCGUCGGCAAGCAGAUCGUCUCCGGCGCCAACGCCUACGUCGAGGGCUAUGACCACUCGGCCUUCCGCGCCGUCCUCCCCUACUUUACCGCCGCCUACAAGGCCGGCAACCGCGCCAUCUCCCCCAGCAACGGCGAACAGGCCAUCGCGUGGUACCGCACCACCAGGGCGUCCCUCGGGGGCGACGGCGGCACCGUCUGGGGCCAGGGCGGCUCCCAGUCCGCCAGCCUCGGCACCUCCGACACGGUCAACGUCCUGACCAUUACCGUCGACGAGCAGGACAUCCAGGUCGCCAUAGGCGGCAGCUCCCAGACGUUCCGCACCGGGAGCGGCGGGCAGCCGGCCAACUUCGUCCAGGUGCCCUUUGGCGAGCUCACCGGCGCCGUGUCUCUCACCCUGGGCGACCGGUCCGUUGUCGGGCCCUCCAUUACCAACAACCUCCCCUCCACCGGAUACGUCAACUUCAACGCCUUGGCCAUUGCUCUGUAA